UGUGAGAUAUAAGAAUUUAGUUUGCUAAGAACGCGGACGAUAGCAGAACGUACAGCACAAAUACACGGUCAUUCCGAUUGUAUACGUUUAUAUUUUUAAAGAGUUGUGAAACAGCAGAGAAAAAAAUAUCAUAAUUUCUCCCCACAGAACUUGGAAAAGUGCUUCAAGUGCAAUUUAUUCAUACCACGGUUAAGCAAGUGAAAAAUGUUACGAAAUUCCAAUAGCCAAAGUGUAAAGCAACUAAAAAAAAUUACAGAAAAUAAUUUUACCGAAGCCUUAACUAUCAAACAAGACGGCUUGAAGGAAACGGCAUUUGAAGACUGAUGUGUUACUAUGUAUACUGAAAGUAUUUAGAUUGCUAACGCAAAAAACCGUAAUAUAAGCUUCCGUAAUAAACAGGGAAAGCAAAUAAUUGUUUGCAAAUUUAUGCGUAAAAAUAAUAACAUAUAUAACAAUUUCCUGGCAAUACGAAAAACGAUUAUAUAGCUGAUUACAGCAAAGUGGGUCUAAAGUGUUGCUCAUACAUGCAUGUAAAUACGUAUAUAUGUAGUUGUUCACGUCACCCAUGCGUUAGGAAAAUCUAUAAAAGUUUUCACAAUUCUUAAAGGGUGAAAAAAUACAUACAAAAUAAAAAAAAGCCGCACUCAUAAAUUUCAAAAAAUAGAAAAUCUAAAAACAAAAACAAAGAACUGCAUUGACAUUGUAAGCAUAAAGCAGGAGCAUUGAAAAGCAGGACUUCCUUUAAAUUCAGUCAAUUCGGCGUAUAAAGGCGCAUUGCAGUAUUGGAAUCAGCGCAUAUUAACGUGGGUCAUGUCUCUAGAAGAUCCAUUCUUCGUGGUGAAGGACGAGGUAUUCAAAGCAUUAAAUAAAACUCGCGGCCUAUAUUUGCGUUGGCGCGAGUUAAGCGAUAGUAGCGGCAGCGCUGAAGUUGAAUGGACUACAACCGAGUUAAGGAACUCAUUGCGUAGCAUUGAAUGGGACUUGGAAGAUUUGGAGGACACAAUUAGUAUAGUUGAAAAGAAUCCGAAUAAAUUUCGCAUUGAUAAUCGUGAGCUUUUGAGUCGUCGGCAUUUCAUCGACAAUACGCGCGAUGAGGUCCGGCAGAUGAAAGAGAAGAUGAGCCUGAAUCGGAACAGGGACAGAGAUAUAACGGCACAUCAACCACUACUCGAUGAACACAAUCAUAACGAAAUUAAUCAUCAAAACAAUCAGAACGGCAAUAGUAAUUACAUUAACAACUAUAACAACAGCCUAAAUAGUAAUAGUCAUCACAAUAAUCAUAAUCAACUACAACAACAGCAGCAGCACCACCAUAAUCAUAAUCAUCAUCAUCACGGUAUCAGUGAUAAAACCUAUUUGGUUGAGUGUACAAACGGUGGCAUCGGCAGUGGUGGUCUCUUACAGCAGAACUCUUUGAUCAGCAGCGCAGGCAGCGGUGUAGCCAAUACAAUUGCCGGCACAAUGGCAGCAGCGGCACAACGACACAGCGGUACAAAGUACUCCAAAUUGGAGAAUACCGUGGAUAGUCCGGGUCAUUAUGCAUCGUUGGAUAGUCCGGGGCAUCGUUAUGUGGGCGAAACGGUGUCAGUGCAGCAGCGCAUGAUGCAGGGGCAAGAUGAACAGCUAGAUAUGAUAAGUGAUUCCAUUGGAACGUUAAAGACUGUAUCACGACAGAUUGGCGUGGAGUUGGACGAGCAGGCUGUGAUGCUCGAUGAUUUUGGUAAUGAGUUCGAUACAACGGAAUCCAAAUUGGAUACAACAAUGAAAAAAGUUGCCAAAGUAUUGCACAUGAAUAAUGAUAAACGUCAGUGGGCUGCAAUUUUCAUACUAUCCGCGCUUUUGUUAAUUGUGAUAAUUUUGUUUAUAAUUUUGUAAAUAUCGCACUAAGUAAAAAAUUUCUUAAUAAUAUA